AUGGCAAUCGCAAAGAAAUUGGAAGACGAAAUCUCACACUCUUGUCCUUCAUCAUCAUCAUCAGCAUCAUCAUCGAUGAACGAGGCUCUGUUAAACUCUACUAUGUGCAUCAUCGGCUUGCCAGUCCAUGCGCAUAUCAAGGAUGGAUCGAUUUUUUCCGGGAUACUCUAUACCAUCUCCGUCGAAAAUGAAUUCGGCAUUGUUCUGAAGAAUGCAAAACUUACUAAGAAGGGAACAAGUAAGUCGAAUGUAGCAAGUGGGAAAAUUGUGGAGACGCUUGUGAUUCUCUCUUCCAAUAUUGUUCAAAUCGUUGCCAAGAGAGUCUCGAUUCCGUCCAAUGUUGCAGUCAAUGUUGAGUCGGCCAUGGCAGAUUUUCCUUCCAAGCCUCGUUCAUCUAAUGCAGCUAAUAAGUCCAACAAAUCUGGCGUUGACAGAAGGAGCAAUAAUCACAGAAGAAAUUCUGCCAAACUUGAAAAUCGUCUGGAAAAUAAAGUAAAAACCUUGAAAUCCGGGAAGGAUCAAGAACCAAGGGGUCCUUCACCAAUUUGUACGGGAGAUGCCAUGAAAGAGCCAGUGAGGAGAGUGGACAUCGGUCUUGCACAGAACAAUCAUCAUCCUAAGUCUCUGAACCAUCAACGACAGGCAGGAGGCCGCAUUUUGAAGAGUAGGAAACAAAAUACUGACGUUCAUCAGGAGGACAACGUUGAUGCCCAAAGCUUGAGUUCCAGCUUGGACCGCACUUCUGAACGUGUAAAACCGAUACAACAAGAGAUAGUUAUGCCGGAACCUUCUAGCAACGGUUUCCAUGGAGCUGCAGAGAGGCCCUCAUCAACGGAAAGUUCAUCAUCACACACUACUACAGCUCUUGAUGAAAAAUCAGAAAUGAGUCAAGGUUUAGUGGCAUCUACAAAUAGGCAGGCAACAGACCAUGUCAAAAAGGCGAAAGAUUUCAAGCUGAAUCCAGGAGCAAAGAUUUUCUCUCCAUCUGUUACAAAACGUCCCUCAUCAACUGCUGGUGGUAUGACGCCUGUUGUUGCAAAUAUGGGUUAUGUGCCAAGUAAUACUCCCAUGUUGCAUGUUCCUGAAGCUGUUCAACCAAAAAUUGGAAUCAGCCCUUUCUUGCCUCUAGCUCCGUACACUAGUUUGGCUGCGGGAAGUGCUGACAUUGGAUCUCAUUUUCCCCAACAUAUGGUAGAACCUACUACUGUGAACACAGGGCAGCCACAUAGAUUCACAUCUCAAUACCAUGCUGUUCAAGCCGCACCAAUGCUUGUAAAUCCGAAUCCUCAGGUGAUGGUUGGGAGACCAGGACAGCUUAUGUACAUGCAACCAAUUUCUCAGGAUCUGGUUCAAGGAGCACCACCACAUCACUCACAUUUACCCUCCCGUCCUCUCUUUCCUCCACAACAGCUCCAAUAUCCAAAGCAUCAAAGUCUAAUCGCCGCUACUGGCCAACCGAUGCAGCUAUACGCUCCCCAGCCAUUUGCAGUCAAUGGACUUCAUCAGCCUUACACGAUCAUGCCUACAGAAAUUCCGGUUAUGCAGCCACCUUUUCCCACCAACCGGUCAAUGCAAAUUCCGGUCCCUAAUGGUUUCUAUGGCACAAAGUUCUUAUAA